CGCACGCCGCGCGCGGCACGCCGGGACUCGGGAUUCCGGGCCAAGCGACCCGCGCUCUCCGGAAGUGGCGUCAUAGCGCGCGCGUGGCGUGGCGCCGCUUCCGCAAACAGAGUCGCGGAUGGCUGGAAGUGUCAGUUCAUGAAGUUUGACCAUCAUUUAAGUAAUCAAAAAUGGAAAAUUCUGCAAAAGCAGAAGAACAUGAAAAAAUCUUUCAUAAAGAAGUAGAAACAUCAUUAGAUUCAGAAACAGAGUCAUCAUUCAUUAUUGAUGAAAAUACAACCUCUCCUGGGACUGAUCUUUCUGCAAAGGCUCCUACUUGUGGGCAAGUAAACACACCAAAAAAGAGAAAAAUAGAGUUUGAGGAUGAUCUUGUAAAGGAAAGUUCUAGUUGUGGGGAAGACACUCCACCCAAGAAAAGAAAACUUGAUGUUGAAAUUGCCCCAGAGGAAAAAGGUUCUGGUGAUGAUGAAGGCAUUUCAAGGAGAAGAAGAAUAGAAACUGAUGGUUUUCCAAAAGAUGAACCUACUGGAGAUGGCACUCAGAAAAGGAGAAAAAUAGAACUUGAAGAUGUUCCUGAAAAGCAAAAGAACUUGGAAGAAGGACACAGCUCAGCAGUGGCUGCUCACUACAAUGAACUCCAGGAAGUUGGUUUGGAGAAGCGUAGCCAAAGUAGAAUUUUUUACCUAAGAAAUUUUAAUAAUUGGAUGAAAAGUGUCCUGAUUGGGGAAUUUUUAGAAAAGGUGAGACAGAAAAAGAAACGUGACAUCACUGUUUUGGACCUAGGAUGUGGUAAAGGUGGAGAUUUGCUCAAGUGGAAAAAAGGAAGAAUUGACAAGCUAGUUUGUACUGAUAUCGCUGAUGUUUCUGUCAGACAGUGUCAGCAGCGGUAUGAGGACAUGAAAAAUCGUUGUCGUGAUAAUGAGUAUAUUUUCAGUGCAGAAUUUAUAACUGCUGAUUGUUCAAAGGAACUACUGACUGAUAAGUUUCGUGACCGAGAAAUGUGCUUUGACAUCUGCAGUUGUCAGUUUGUCUGUCAUUACUCAUUUGAGUCCUAUGAGCAGGCUGACAUCAUGCUCAGAAAUGCGUGUGAAAGACUGAGCCCUGGAGGCUAUUUUAUUGGUACCACUCCCAAUAGCUUUGAAUUGAUAAGACGCCUUGAAGCUUCAGAAACAGAAUCAUUUGGAAAUGAAAUAUAUACUGUGAAAUUUCAGAAGAAAGGAGAUUAUCCUUUAUUUGGCUGCAAAUAUGACUUCAACUUGGAAGGUGUUGUGGAUGUCCCUGAAUUCUUGGUCUAUUUUCCAUUGCUAAAUGAAAUGGCGAAGAAGUACAAUAUGAAAUUAGUCUACAAAAAAACAUUUCUGGAAUUCUAUGAGGAAAAGAUUAAGAACAAUGAAAAUAAAAUGCUGUUAAAACGAAUGCAGGCCCUGGAGCCAUAUCCUGCAAACGAGAAUUCCAGACUUGCCUCUGAGAAGGUGGGUGACUAUGAACAUGCUGUGAAGUACAUGAAGAACGGUCAAGUGAAGCUACCUUUGGGGACCUUAAGUAAAUCAGAAUGGGAAGCUACAAGUAUUUACUUGGUUUUUGCAUUUGAGAAGCAGCAAUGAGCACAUCACACGUGCAGUGGCAGCAAAACAACUGUGUUCUGUCUUAUACAGAUUUGAACGGUCUACCUUCCAUAGAUCUGACAGCCUUGUUAAAUGUAACUAUUCUCAGUGGGCAGGAUGCUGCUGGAAACGUCAGUGUAUAAAUGGAUUUUUUGCUGUCUGUGACAGAUGAACUUUGUGUGUGUAUAUAAGAAUGAGAUGGGACCUUUGUCUUUAAAAAUCUAUUUUUAACGUUCUAAGAAUUCCAUUUGCUUCCACUCUCGUAGCUCAUAAAAAUUAUAAAAUGACGUGUUAAAGACUGAGUUCUUUCACCAGUGCUCUGCUUCGUCCAGUGUUUAUUUACAGUAUUAAACUUUUGCAGUUGUAGAAUUGGUGGGAGUGUACUAAUUCACAGGGAUGUGUGCUCAUUUCCGAAGUUUUGUUAGUGUUUUUCAGGGUUAAAAUAAUUGCUCUCUGUACAACUGAAUGUCAGUGUUCAGUAUAAGUUUAAAACUAAAAUUUACAUGGUGAUAAAAGUUAAUUAACUUUAACUUAGGAUUAUAGCCAAUUAUUAAAUUUCAUUUUAAAUAGCAACUAGUUCAUUUGCUAACAUGACUGAGUUCUAGAACUGGACAGAACAUUUCAGAUUCCAGCAUAAAAUUGUUUUGCAUUUGGGGGGCUUUCUCAUAGGCGUUCCCAUUGAUAGCAGUUAAUGUUUCUAGUUAUCAAGGAUGUAAUUAAUUUCUCUACUGAACCAAAAUGCCGUGGGUAUUUUUCUCAAGAUUUAGUGGAUGUCUCCCCUGUGAACCUGUUUGCACAUUUUCCUCAGAUUUAUAUAAGGAACUGGGUUGGGAGGGAGUGGAUGGCGGGGCAGGGGCAAGGAUCCGCAGGGAUGGAGGUAUGGGGGUGGGCCAGUGGGCAGUGUGUGGCUGUGAAGGGAGCUGACAGAGAGGCUUGAGGGAUCCACCUGAUGGAGGUCUGGGCUGCGGUGCUCCAUUCUGUCGAUCUGUUCCCCUCUUUGGCCCAGAAAGAACCAGUACAUGGUCCUCCAUCACAGUGUUGUGCUUGGCGCAGUAGGAUCUGGUGUCUCAUCCCCACUUGGAGUUUUCAUUUGCCAUUUCAGAACCCUUAAGAGUUGUCGGCCCUGGCUUGCAUGACUUUUCUGAAACUGACACCAAAGUGAACUGUUGUCCUUGAUUUAUCACCAUUUUCAAAACUAACCAGUUUUGAUAUAUAGAAAAAAAUUUAAAGAGCAAAGCAGAGAAUUUAUACAUACUCUUAAAAAUCAUUUCUUUCAUGCAUGGUUUUAAAAGACAUUUCUUUCUGUAAUUAUCCAGAGUACUUGUUAAGAAACUGUUGUCUCUUAGUUUGUUUACAUGUGUUGAUUGUUCAUUGUAUUAGAAUAGCAGACAUUUCAGCUAUAAGUAACACAGAUUACCUAAUUUCUGUUCCUUCCACAAUCUGUGCAUCUCCAGCUGUUACCAGUUUAUGGAAGUGUGGUGAUCCACCAUAAGUUGUUAGAGGAAAUAAGUAAUAGCACUUCUGACUGGUGGCUGCCAUUCGCCAGCUGAGGUUUGGUGACGGUGCUGGGAGGUGGGCUUGUGAGCUCUUAGUAUUACAUCAGUUCUGGGGGAAAGUGCUAGGAAGUACUGUGAUAGUUUGGUAUAGAAUGCAAAGCUUCUCUGUUAUCACUGUUCUCAUGUAGUGAUCUUAGUGUAUAUAUUCCAAGCAAGUAAUAAGACAUAUUUUUAGCUUCCUCCUGCUCUUUCCACUCCAUGGAAAAUUUGGGUGGAAUAAUUUGUGGUGGCAAAGCCAAGUGGAAAAGGAGGAUAAAAAGGAGCAGAGAGAGCUGGGUGGGCUCUAGGAUCUGAGCGAGCCGAUGUGUGCUCGGAGGUGCCCAGAGCCUCCCCGGAAGGUGUGGCAUCCUGUAUGUUGCACUUUGCACAUUUAUGACGUUGUUGCCUUCCCUGCUCUUCCUCCCUGAUGUCUCCUGCUGCAGCUAGUGGUGGGCAGUGACUCAAGAACUCCCAUCACCAGGGUAAAAGCUGAUGGGACCUCCCACACACAUCUGCAGUCUAAAUAUUUGAUGAUUUUCCAUCCAAGACCUGGGAAACUGUUAAGGAGAGUGGGCUUUUCAUUAUCAGGCCAGUGAUGUCAGGCGCUCAUGGGAGUGACUGAAGGGCACUUUCAGACCUGUCAUUAAGUUUGUCCCCUGAGAAUGGAAGUAGAAAUGAGGAUCAGAUACAGCCUCUGUGGAAAAAAGUUGGGAGGAGUGGGCUGGGAACCUGGCUGUUUGUGUGUAACUAAGAGCAAUCAAAUGGAAUUCUUUGGGUCUGGAAUCUUAGUAAAGCAAGGGCACUGCAUGGCCGGUGUUCAGGGGGAGAAACUGGCCAUUUCCCACUGCACCAAAAGGAAAGUGUCCUGACCUGCCGGCCGCAGCAGCCUACAGGUGGCAACUGUGCCCUGAGGCCACCAGGCCUCCACUCCAGUGUGACUCCCCAGAGAAAUCUGCAUCCAGGGAGAGAAGAAUUGAUUAGAGGCUAUGAUGACUCUUGAGAGGUAGACUGUCAGUGCAGGGUUUCCUACUCACCCCUCACCAAACUUAGAAUUCUGAGAAGUACGAUUGCCAUCUACGUUCAUGUUAAUGGUGUUUCUAGAGCAUCCGAACAAAGAGAUACAAGUGAGAAGGGCCUGGAGGCAGGGGUGUGAUAACGGGUCAGCACAGGAGAGAUCACAGGAGCGUUGUUGGCUGACCAGCUCUGCAGUCCCUUUACCUUUAGCUCUUCUGGGAACUGAUUCAGCCUGUCUUAGCUCAUUGUCAUUGUGUUGUUUGGUAAGUCUUCCAAGUAUCCUUCUAAUGAGUAUUUGGCUUCCUGUGCAAAUCUUUGUAUGGGGAAGAACUGCCAGUGUAAAUAUUCAAGCUACUGAACAUGACUUUUAUGAACUGACUUUCUGUUGUCUACCUCCACCUGAGGCCAGACCCAGGGACCAUGACCCUGUAAUCACAGUACCAUAAUGCUUGUGACACCUACUGGCCCUUUGAUCAAACAGGAAGCAUGGGUGUAUAAUAUCACUACCUCCCUGGUCAACAUCAAAUGCUGCACAUCUGAUAGGAAGCUUCUUCGUUUCCCGCCCUCUGAUAACAUUAUUCCUGAUUCUUUGAAGGUAGCUGAUACAGUGGCUGCUGCACUCAUUUAUUUAGUGAUAGACUUAUUUCAGCAGAUAUACACGGGACUGGAGUUGGGUAACAGCCAGCUCUUCACCUCACAUCCAUCUCUGUUCCCGUUUAGCCUGGGGCAUGUGUGCCUGCUUCUCACUGCACUACUGAACAAAUAUGGGGCACCCAGCAGUACUCUCCCAAGCUGGCCUGGCAAGCCCCAGAUGGAAAACAUGCAUACAGUCAGGACCCAUAUCAAACAAUGUUCCCAGCACCCCAGAAGUCCCUCUUUCUCCCUUUUAGUUGCUGCCUCCCAUGGGUAACCACUGUCUGGACUUCCAAGAGCGUGGGAUAGUUUUGUCUGUUUUGGGACAUUUUAUGAAUAGAAUCAAACAAUAUGUUUUCCUUUGUAUUGGCUUAUUUGCUCAACAGUAUGUGAGAUUUCUCACAUGUAUUUGUUGCAUGUAUUUGUACAUGGUUGGUUUUCGUGACUGCGUAGUAUUCCGUCACGUGAAUAAACCACAUGUUAUUUAUCUAA